AUGGCGGCGUUCACAGCCCUUAACGGGGGCUCACCAAAGUCGGCUACUACGGAAGGCCUCAACGGUGGCCUGAGCACGAUACGGAGGGAGUCUGAGGAGCACACUGGCCGACCCGGCCAGAUUUCAGAACCCAGGACGGCCGCAUCAACAGCCGAUCCCUCACCCACACAGCCCGAGCGUCCUGGGAGCUGGUCCGGCCCUUCACUGGAUAGGCCCGCGUAUCAACCGGCGCCAGCUUACUCAGAUAACGAAAGCACGCAUAAGCGCAAGCGAUCAGACUCUAUGGAACCCAGGAGAGGAGAGUACGACCUGUCGAGGCACGACAGGCCGGUGGAAGAAUCGGACCCCUCACGGCCCCGAUCACCGUCCCGAGAUGCUUACACGCCGCAGAGGGACUACCGCCCGUACGGCGACGAGCACCGGGAUCACGGCGACUCGUGGUACAGCCAGAGCAGAGCGGACGAGCGCAGCUCCAAUUACGAGCCGCAGUCGGCGGCGCCCAACUCUGCAAACACGGACGAGCAGAUCGAGACGCUGAGGAGGGCGACCGGCCAGAUGGAUCAGGACUACCCGCAGACGAGCCCCGACGGCGACGACCGCUCGGUCAUCUACGGCGGACAGUACACGCCCGAGCAGCGGAGGGACGGCGUGAUGCAGUCGGAUCCCAAGAAGCGGAAGCGUAACUUUAGCAACCGGACCAAGACUGGCUGCCUCACCUGCAGGAAGCGCAAGAAGAAGUGCGAUGAGACCAAGCCCGAGUGCUCGAACUGCGUCCGUGGCGGUUUUGUUUGCGCCGGCUACCCGCCACAGCGCGGCACCUGGCCCAAGCCGGAAGCCAAGACGGCGACCAUCCAGAUCGAGUCCAAGGAUCCGACGUACAUCCCGCCCGGUGCCUAUGGCAUGCCGCAGUCCAUACCUAUCACCAUCAUCCCGCACCAGCAGAAGCGCGAGCCUCUGCCCACCUACCGGGGCCAGCCGCUCCGGAUCGAGCCUCCGCAAGGCCGCCCGCUGCAGACGGACGACGACAGGCCCACGGCAUCCACACUACCGAGCGCGUCCAUCGCCAGCCCUGACAACAAGCUCUCGGCAUUGUCGGCGUAUACCAACACGGCCAACAUCUUCCCCACGCCCGUCAGCGCGGCCGCGCCCACGCCGUUCCCGGAUCGCACGCCCAAGGAGUAUCAGCGUGUUCCCCCACUCCACGACCUCAGCAGAACCGAGCCCGACCUGCCGGCGCACGGCACCACACUUCCGCAGAUCAACAUCCUGCACGCGACGAGGACGAACAGCCCUAUCACGUCACAGACGAGCGGCGUGCAGGCGACGGCGCAGCUGGCCCUCUCCCACACGCCGCAGUAUCCAUCCGGUGGCAGGCAGCGGAGGGAAAAGGAAGAGAUGAUCUCGGGCCGCCAGUACUACCCCUUCGACAAGGAGCUGGUGCUGGAGCGGGAGCGCUGCAGCGCCGCCUGCUGGCGGUUCAACAACGCGACCAACCCCAACAACGGCGUGUCCCCCGGCGAGCGGGCGCGCCUCUUCCGCGACAUCCUGCAGCCGCGCGAGGGCGUGCAGAUCUCGCCGACCAUGACGUCGCCCGUGACGCACACGGGCCGCAUCGGCAGCGACGUGGUCGUCGAGGCGCCCUUUGUGUGCGACUACGGGUACAACAUCAACAUUGGCAAGAACGUGCUCAUCGGGCGCAACUGCACCAUCAUCGACCCCUGCGAGGUGAGCAUCGGCGACAACGUCGUCAUCGGGCCCAACGUGUGCAUCUACACGGCGACGAUGCCGACCGACUACCGCCGCCGGCAGGGCAGCCGGGGCGCGCAGUUUGGCAAGCCCGUCGUCAUCGAGGAGGACGUCUUCAUCGGCGCCAACGUGGUCAUCUUGCCUGGCGUCAAGAUUGGGAGGGGCACGACUGUCGGGGCUGGGUCUCUGGUUACGAAGGACCUUGCCAAGUACUGCGUCUGCUACGGCAGCCCGGCCGAGGUCCGGAGGGGUCUGGCCUCUGUCUGA